AACAGAAAAUUAGAAAAAUUAGAACACUUCAAUUUGCAUUAUUAAAACAUAAAGAUGUACAAUGUUCAAAAAUUAGAAGGCCUAAUAGUCAAAGAAAUUAUACAAAAUUGAUUUCUAAGUUAAAUGCAAUCACAAAUUCCCAACAUUUUUUUCUUAUGUGGAACUGGUUGAGCUGAUUUUAAAAUUUGUAUGGGAAAAGUGGAUGUGCAAGAGCUGUUGUACAGCUAGCAGAGCCUUUGUCCCAAGGGUAGCAGGAUGUGUCCUGAGCUCUCUGCCUUCCCUUGCCCACCAGUCUGAGGCCCCCAGCCCAGGCCAGGCCAUGAUGGCCUCAGCAGCAUCACUGAGACCAGCCCCAGUAGCAACACCAUGGCCCACGAAAAGCCUACACAGACAACCUCCUGGUGGGACCUGUCAGGAAAUGACCAUUGUCGGCUACUGGACCUUGGUCUGGGCCGCAGUCCCUGGGAAAACCUUCGUCAACAUCACACCAGCAUGGGUUGGUGUCCUGGCUGGCAAAGACUGGUCAAGUUUUUUAAUGAAUGGACUGACACUUGGAGGCCAGAAGUGUUCUGUUAUCUGGGACUUACUGCUACAGGAUGGGGUAUUCACCAUGGAUCUUCAUACCAAGCACCAGUGGAACUCCCACAUUCAGCAUCACUGUCACCAUGACUGCCAAGAUGCUAGUCCUGCUGUUGGGCAAAGAAGGUUCCAUGGUAGCAUGAUCAACAAGAAAUGUUAUGAAAUGUCCUCCCAUCUGUGGCAUUCCCAGUAUUGACCUCAUCUCUUCUUUUCUCCCACCACUCCCCACUGCUUUUGCACCCCUGUCCUUCCCAUACAUACACACACACACACACACACACACACACACCAUUUUUUUAUUGCUUGGGUCAUUACCCCACACCACUUAUAGGUGCCAAAACCACAUGGACUAGGGGCUGGGGCUGGAUGGAUGGACACCUGCCCCUACACAUACCCUCCUGUGUGUGGUUGGAAAACUCUUUGUGUCAGGGGGGUUCUUUCUCAGAAUAAAAAAAAAAUUCUAACAACAACUACAAACAUUUGUAUGGAAAUUCAAAGGCUCAGGAAUAGUCAUGAUAAAUUUGAAAAAAAAUAUAGUGGGAGAAAUAGAUUUGUCAGAUAUCAAAACUACAUAAACUUGUAAUAAAGACUAUAAUAAAGUUAUAAUUAAAAUGGUGAAUUAAGUAUUGAGACUAAUAGAUUAAUAGAACAGAAAGUCCGGACUGUUACUUUCACACACUUAUGGAAUGACAUUUGAUUUCUGAAGUGAAGUUACACUGAUGAAAAUAUGUAAGACAUCUUUACCUACUUAUUUAUCAUAUAUGUUUAUUACACAAGUGGUGCUGGAAAAAUAUACAUGUGGGAAAAUAAUUAGGCACCGUAUACCAUACCCAAACAUCAAUUACAGGUAAAUAAAACACCUACAUUUGUAAGGCAAGACAGCAAAGCCUUUUAAAAGAAAACGUUAGGGGCUCCUGAGUGGCUCAGUCGAUUGAGUGUCCCACUCUUGGUUUCCACUCGGGUCAUGAUCUCAGGGUCAUGAGAUUGAGCCCCAUGUUGGGCUCUGUGCUGGGCAUGGAGCCUGCUUAAUUCUCUUUCUCCUCCUUCUUCCCCUCCCAUCCUGCUUGUGCACUCUCUCUCUCUCAAAAAAAGACAAUGUUAGAGAAUACUUUUGUAACAGAAAAGGAAAAUUAGAUGCCUAGUACUGAUGACAGAGAACAUUGUCACUUUUUAAAAAAAUUUCCUAAUGAAGUCAUCUGAAUUCCCCAUAGUAAUAUGGAAGCCAUUACUUUAUAUCUAUGUUCAAAUUCAAAGCAAUUAUAUAGGGGUAGCAUUAAAAAAUUUGAAUGUAUGUAGUACAUUUUAACUUCCAUGCUUCAGCUUAUAUUAUUAGUAUAUAUUUCACCAAAACUCACACAGGCCUUGAAUAACUGGCAGUAUAUCUCUGUCUGUCAUCAGUUUUAAAAAAACGGUUGCUUAGUGUUAGAAAGGACCAGUGAAGGACAAUGUAGCACCACUGUCAGAAAAGAUUAUUCAGAUUAAGGUUGUAGAAUACCUUUAUAAAAUUUACAUGGCAGAAUUCAUGAUACCUGGAAUAGCACAGAGAAUUUCAAUUCCCAUUAAUGUCAACUGAGUGCCUAAUUCACUUAAAAAAUAGAUAAAAGAAUCAGAUAUAGAAUCCUGCAAAAUACACUGUACUGUCAAAGAGACAGAGAAUUUAGCUGUAAUUUCUUAUGCUCAUGAAAGUAAUCUUAAUGUUACUAUCAGUUUAGAUUUCUCCUCUAUUGGGCCUGAGUAAAAUAAAAUUAAGACAGAAUAUGUCUCUAAUGUAAUUUUUAACUCUAAAUCUACCAAAAAUGUGCAAUGAGUAUUGCUGGUGACAUGAUAAAAGGGAGAAAGGGAACCAAUAUUUGCAAAGUCAGGACAGUCUAAUCUGAUUUCACAAAAAUUGAGUAAAGCUGCUUUUUUUUCUUUUCCCUAAGUAUAUAGCUGCCAUCUUCUCUUUCACAAAGGAAUCAGCAGAUAAGUUUAUUGAGCUUGGAAGAAAAAUAGUACUAUUUAAAAUAUUCCAUAACAUUCAAUUUCAUAAAUGACCUUUGAUGUAUGUAUUACACCUUCUCAGUAGUUUUCUGAGUUCAUUAACAAUAAAAACAAAUAAUGCUACAUUUAUGUAAUGUCUAUUAGGUGACAGAUUAUCUUAUAUUUUUUACAUAAAAUAGUAAAAAUUGGAGUCCUACCCAUAUCCACUCUAUUCAUCACUAAGCUUACUGGCAACAGUGGUGGCAAUUUUUUUCCUCAAAUACACGAUGCCAUCUGCUUCUCUGCCUGAGAGCUUUCUCCUGUAGGUCAUGAGUUUUCUCAGCAGGAUGGCAGGGCAAGACGAAGGGCAGGAGAUAUAAUUCUCACAAAAUAAUCUUCAACAAUGAGGGAUGGGAAUAGGUAAAUAAAUGCCCCAGUGUUUCUGUCCCUCGGUGGGACAUUUCAGAGGCAUAUUCAGCACAAUGUCUCAGAGAAUUACCAACAGGACUGAGCAUCAGUUGCCCACAUUAGCAAACUUCACAUCAGCACAGCCAUUAAUUGACUUUUCUUUCUUCCAUCUCUCACUUUCUCCACUCUCCUUUGUGCUUCCUGAAUCAUCUUAUAAAUGAAUACCCAUACCUCAGACUUCGUAUUUCUAUGUAUUUGCCUAUUUGGACAUAUAAAAUCCAGAGUAGACUAGAAAGUACAUGUAUAGUGUGUUAGAAAACAAUAUCAUUGCCAUUUUAGUGCAGGAUUUGUAUAUUAUUAUAAAAGCACAGUCUAGAAAUAUUUAUUUCAAAUUAUUCUGUAUAUAUACUAUUUGUUGCUAAUAAGGCUAUUUUCAA